AUGGGUCGGCCCGGUCCCGUCGGAUGGCCCUGGACGGCAAAGCUCUCUCUGUCGCGCCUCCCGGACGAGGUGCUGAUUCUCAUUAUUGAGCGCUGCGACAUCGACGCCCUGCUGCAGCUGCGCCUGACAAGCCGCGCCUUUCGCUCCCUGAUCGCCACCUACGAGAGCACCAUUGUCCAGCAGGUCGCCCGCACCACAUUCCCCGGCUGCAAGCUCAUUCUGCGUCCGCCCGAAGACCAUGAUCUGCUGAAAUCCCCCUACAACCUGAACUGGCUCACCGGUCUGAUCCCGAAACACCUGGCUGCCAUCGUCGUAGACCGCCACCGCUUCUGCGGCACCCCGCUGCCCGCCCUGGACGGCGUCCCCGCCGAUGACGAGAUUGGCGACGAAAUCCGCUCCCACAUCGCCCACGGCUUCAGCAUCCUCGAGACGCUGUCGCUAAUCGCCCAGGAUGUCGAGGACACGCCCGAUUCCAAGAUCGAAUCCAAGUUGCCGCCAGAACUCGUGUCACGCGGCCCGCCCGCUCCGCGCUGGCGCAAGUAUACGCCCAACCGCGUCUACCGUCAGACCAAGCGCGCUCUGUGGUCGUGGCGCCGCCCGCAGGAGAGCGCUGAGAAGAAGCGCCGUGCCGUCAUGCAGCGUCGCCAGGACCUGAUUACCGCCCUGCAGUGCAACUUCAUCGACAAGCGCCUGACGCCUGACGAAGCUGCCGAUUUUGAUGCAAUGUGGACGGUGCUGCGCAUGGCUUUCCAGCACCACCGCUAUUUCAACAUCGGUGUGCCGCUGUUCGACUGGGGCAAGCCCGACCGCCGCGACGUCUUCUGGGGCAACUCGUGGGUUAACUGGUACAUCCUGCGCGCCGGCUCGUCUUUCUGGUGGCGCAACUACUGGCUCAAGAGCAUUCGCGCCGCCGCCGCUGGCGGAUCCAACACCGACGGCCAGCUACUCCUCGAAGACUUCACCAAGCCCGGAAACAGCAGUAAGAGAAAGCGAUCGAAGGCCAGCAAGAAGGAUUCGCGCCCCACCGGCUGGGCCGAGAUCAAUCUCGCCUGGCACAUCCGGACUCGGGAACAGAUCGAAAUUGAGCGAGCUGGCGCCGAGGAGGUUUUCGCGACAAUUCGCCAACGGAUGAAGGGCGCACAUACCGUGCGCCUGCCCACCUUUGAUGAGUACCGUGCCAUGGUGCGCAGCUUGAGAGGCGAAGGAAGCACCACCGGCCACGACCAGGACGACCCUCUCAAACGUUACUGCGCCACCAUGACCAUAUUCUGA